AUGGCGAGCGGCAGGCAGCUCCGGGAAUGGAUCUCGGACAGGCUGGUGACUUUUCUAGUCCGCCCCAACAGGGUCAGCGUCCAGGACGUCAUCACGCUAGAAUGUUCAUCUGCUUGCGACUUGGUGACGAAGCUUGUGGAGCUUGGUUUCACAUCAUCCGCAGAGACCUUCACUUUUGCAUCUGACACAUACGGCAUGAAUGACCAGAUGCAGGAGAAGGUGGCAGCGGAUCCUGUCGAGGAACAGGAGGCUGGCAAGCUGUCCUCCGACAACGGGAGCGAUGAUGACUACUCACAGUUACAGGGCUCGAAAGGAAUGUUAUACAAAGUUGAAUCUGACAUUGUGGACGAUGAAGAUCACGGAAGAGCAAAUGAUUCUGGAAGGAAUGUGGGUGGGGCAACAGAAGAGGAGGAUGAAGAAGAUGACGACAACUGUUCUGAUGACAUGGAGGGUGAAGUGUAUCUCCAGCAGUGGGUAACUGACAAGCUUAUCACCUUACUUGACUAUCCCAAGAGCAUUGGUGCCAAGGAAAUCAUCCGGCUAGUGGAGGAUUGUUCUUCUACAGAUGACCUUGUUUGCAUGCUGGUCAAAUCCGGUUUCAGGUCAUCCUCGGAGACCUGCAGCUUUGGGUUAGAAAUUUAUGCCAAGGUUACUCGUAGGGCUAGCAUCAGCGGUAAGCUAUAUCAAGAACAUGUUGUCAACAGAGAUGUUGAAGAGGAAGAAGCAACUGAGCUGUACUUGAAUACAAUAGAAAACAAUGAAGCUCACAGUCAGAAGGACUCAUAUAUUAGAGUCGUAAGAGUUAAAGUGCAUUCUGGAUGUCACUCAAGAUUAAAGAUUGGCAGCUUGUCAGCCUGCCGUCGUCUUGCAGGUGCUGUAGCAAAAUGGCAAUUAAUGAUUGGCAGCUUGUCAGCCUGCCGUCGUCUUGCAGGUGCUGUAGCAAAAUGGCACCGAGAUCUUGAGCACAAAGGUAAUAGGAGUCCUGAGACUGAAGAAAAAGUAUGGUUGGAACACCAAAUAGGAAAGCCUGGACUGAAAUAUGGAUGCAUAGAUAAGAAGCUGUCCUCUGAUGACAAUCCACUAUUAGACGUCUCUCCAUCCCCUGAAAACAAGGGUUUCUUUGACUGGUGGAUGCGGGCUAAUGCUUUGGUCCCCAAGGAAGUGAAGCAAGGUGUGUUUGUAAAUAGUUCCUUUUCUUUUUGGACAAGGCUAGAAUGCUUGUUCAGGGACUAUUGGUGCUUAGUUAGAAUAUUUAUUCAGAUGGAUGCUGCUACGCUGGAGAGGGAAAUGGUUCCUGUUAUCGUCAUAGCAGAUGAGACUGGGUCUGGUAAAAUAACACAAGUACCGCAAUACCUUCAUGAAGCUGGUUAUACUGUAAAAGGAAAGAUUGUGUGUGUCCAGCGUCACCGAGUGGCUGCCUUGAGCGUUGCAGAAAGGGUAUCUAAAGAAAUGGGUGUUAAUCUAGGGGAUGAGGUUGGUUUCUCUCUAAGGUUUGAGGAUAUCUCAUCAGAGGGUACGGUUAUUAAGUACAUGACUGCCGGAGUACUUCUGAGAGAGCUUAUUGGUGAUCCAGAUUUAUCCAGCUAUAGCGUUGUCAUGAUUGCUGAUGCUACUGAGCGCACCCUGCCAAGCGAUAUCCUUUUUGGUCUGCUGAAGAAGCUUCAUGAUUAUUUCUGUUCAGCUCCUGUUUUCAAGAUACAUGGGAGACAAUGGCCAGUUGAAAUUUAUCACACCAAAGCUCCAGUACCUGACUACAUUGAUGCAGUAGCUGACACCAUUAUGCAGAUACACAUGAAAGAAACUGCUGGAGAUAUUCUAGUGUUCCUCCCAGGGGAUCAGCAAGCUCAAGAAGUUCAUGAAAUUCUUGACCAGAAAACAAAGGGCUUAGAGAAAAUGCCUUACAAGCUAAUCAUUUGUCCUAUUUAUGCUUAUCUGCCUGUUGACCUUCUGGCAAAGACAUUAAAGGCAGCCACCCCAAGUGAUCGAAAAGUGAUUCUGGUAAAUGAUAUAGCCAAGGUUCCACCAACAGUUGAUGGUACCGAGUAUGUUAUUGAACACAGGCUUCUGUACGAUAAAAUCAUACAAUCCACAUCUAGGGAUAGAAUAUCUGCUUAUCUGCCCUAUAUCAAAAGCAUCAGCGAAGGAGAGGGCAGGAAUAUAUGGAUUGACUAG